CUCUCUUUUUCUUGUUAUCUCCAUCCAGCCUUUUUACAAGGGUUGAGAAAAUUCUCCAUUUCCAUAGUACUUUUAACCCUCUUUCUCUCUCUCUCUCUUUCUUUGCUAAAUAUUUAUAUAGAGGCUGCAUACAGUUUUCUGUCAGUAUAUAUGAAUGAAUAAUACUAACCAAAAUUGGUAAACAAAUCUUUCACAAAAUAAAAUAAAAAAUGGCAGAACCCUAUUCCAAUUUCUUCAUCCCUCUUCUUCCCUCACAAGAAUCAAUUAUGUCUCCUGUUCGUGAAGCUCUUCCUCUUUUGGGUAACUUAUGUUCAAUGAGAACUAGGGUUCCUGAUGAUGAAAAGAAAAAUGAUUAUGAAGAUGAAGAACAAGGAAGUGUGACAGUUUCUCUUAACAUAGGACUCUCUAAUUACUCUUGUCCGAAUUCAGAAGUGAUUCAUGAACAUGAACAUGAAGAUGAUCAUGGUGUGGUUUCAGGGUACCCUUUGAGCCGAAUCAACAAGGGUCAGUAUUGGAUUCCAACCCCAGCUCAGAUUCUCAUUGGUCCUACUCAGUUCUUAUGUCCUGUUUGUUUCAAGACUUUUAGCAGAUACAAUAACUUACAGAUGCACAUGUGGGGUCACGGAUCUCAAUACAGGAAGGGUCCUGAGUCCUUAAGAGGGAUCCAACCGACAGCGAUGCUAAGGUUGCCAUGUUAUUGUUGCGCUCAAGGUUGCAAGCACCAUAUAGACCACUCAAACGCGAGGCCAUUAAAGGACUUUCGGACCUUGCAAACACACUACAAGAGAAAGCAUUGGACCAAGCCAUUUAUGUGUAGGAAAUGUAACAAACCAUUCGCGGUGAAAGGCGAUUGGAGGACUCACGAGAAGAAUUGCGGGAGAGUUUGGUAUUGCACUUGUGGAUCUGACUUUAGGCACAAAAGGUCGUUGAAGGAUCACAUUAAGGCAUUUGGGAACGGCCAUGGUGUGCUUAACUUUGAGAGUUUUGAACAUGAGGACGACGAUUUAGGUUCUUAUGAGAUUGAUGACGACGAAGCUUAAAUCUUGAGCAAAAGAAGAAUAAAGCAUUUAUUUGAUACAAAUAAUUAAACAAUGUUGUAACCACCUUAAUGUGUAUAUUUUUUUUUCUUUUUGUUCCAUUUUGGUUUUUAUUGUGUUUAUGUCCACUAGCUAAUACUUUGAGUUUCAAUGCUAAUGGUUUCUUUGUUUUUCUUA